AUGUCAAAAAUCCUUUCUGAACAGAAUCCUCCAUCGUUUCCUAUUCUACGACCACCAAAUGAAAAUGUAAAUUGUUCACAAUACAUCUCACUAAAUAGAUAUCCUCUAGCAUAUGCACCACAAAAUAAUAAUGUUCCGUCAGCAUCAACUGUUUAUCCACAAGCAUUAUUUCCAACUUAUUUAAUACCAACACAUUAUCCAAUGCCUUCAGUACCAUCAACAGUUGCCAAUCAACCGAAAAUACCACAGGAGCCACCAGUUACACACCCUGAUCUAAAAGAACAAAUACAAAGUCAUCAAACACAAGAUACAAAAAUCGAUGAAGGAACAGUAGCAACAUCUCAGCCUACAAUAGCACAAAGUGUUCAACAAUCGAAUUUAUGUGCACCCAUAAUAUCAUCUAGAAAGAAGAGAAGACAAAAGAAAAAAUCGCCAUAUCCUUUGAAUUCCAUAUUACAUAAAUCUGAAAAAGUUUCUACACAAUCAAUAACUUCGGCUACGACGAUGUCAUCAAUAUCUUCAACAAUAAUAACGACUGAAAAUCGAGCUAUUGAAUCGAGCACGACGAAUACAGUUAAAUCGAGUGUCAAAUCAAAAAAUAAAAUAAAAAAACAAACUGAAAUUCCACAACAAUCUCCUGUUAUACUUGCUGCGUCUUCUAAUAUUCAAACAGAUAAGUCUGAUAAUCAAAUAUCGGCAAUGAAUGAAGAAAUUAGUAAGACUUCAUUGAAAUCACAACAAACACUAUCAAGCACAACAACAAUAAUCAAUGAUGGAAAACCAAAGAAACAUUUCCAUUAUGAUCGUCAAGAACUUCUACUUAUUCGUGAUAGUUCAGGACCAUUUUCGGCUCCACAACGUCUUGUUGGUCUCGAUAUUUUUAUUAAUCGAUGUGAUGAUAAUAAUAAUAAUAAUAAUAAUAAUACAAGUGAUUCAUGUACUAAUACAAAUAGUCAAAAACGUGUUAAUCGUUCCUGUCUUCAAAAAUCAUUAGGUACUAAUCGUCAAUCAUUAAAACAUGAUCAAAAUAAUCGCAGACUAACAAGCAAUUUAAGUCAUAAAAUAGAAAAUCAUGUAUCAACUAAAUCUGAUUUUAGUAAUCAGAUUACAAAGCCUUACAUCCCAGUCGAUCAAAAUAAAAUUGAUGCUGAUAAUAGAUUUUUAUGUGAUGUUACAUCCAUAGUAAAUAAAUUAACACCACAAACAUAUGAUCAAUUACAAAAACAACCUGCAGCUUUAGAUUUUGAUUGUUAUGAAAAACUAGAAGGAAUGAUUAUGAUAUUGCAUUCUAAAGUAAAUUUUCUUGUUAGUUUUUAUUAA